GUCACUUACUUUUAAACGUCGACCACUUCUCAGCAGUCAGAAGAGGUGACAUCUUGUUUUCUUCGCAAAAGACGUCAGCGUUCUCUCGGAGGGAGCGAUGGGAAGAAUCCAAUCAAAAGAGCCCCUCCAUCUCUCUCAAUGGAAGGUUUUGGAGUGCGUUGACACAAAAAAAAGCACCUUCCUCUUCUUGUUGCAACUUGAGAAUAAGUAGCACAUCCACCGGACCUCGAUACCCUUUAUCCCUCACUCUCACUCUUACUUUUCAUCUCAGCCAUGGCCUCCGAUCCCAACGCUAACGAUGGCUGCAACAGUCCUAUGCAGCUCGGCAUGACAGGUCAGUUCUUGCCGGAGGAUAUCCAAGAACUUUUGGGGGUUAUGGGUGAUGGGAAUUCCGACCAUGGUGGCGAAGUAAUAACGUCGACGGAUAAUGUAGCGGCCUCCUUUGCGCAGGCUGGGAAUAGUCUUUCGGAGGAACGGCGGAACUCCUCGUCCGCUUCCUCCAACCAACCAGGGGAGGUAUCUGGAGCCUCGUUUCCUGGCGAGGAAGCCAAGGCUCAAGCUCGGUCGGAACGAAAGAGAAGUCGAGAAAAGCAACGUCGUAGUGAUGUUAACAAACAGUUUGCUGACUUGACUCAGUUAUUGCAAAAGAUUGAUGCUGAGGACGUUAGCGAAGAAGAUGCCAAGAAUGGUACAACGUCGGCCAGUCGAGUUACGUUCAAUCCUUCGAACCGUGUCGAUCUGAUUGGCAGGACGAUUGUCCUGUUGGAGCGUUUGCAUGAGGCUAACAAGAGAAGAAAAACGGAGAUUAAUAGUGUACGGCAGCAGCUGGACGAAGCUAAGAAGGCUGGCGAGGACACGGCUGCCAAGCUCAAGGAGGCUCUGUUGGCUCCUCCUGGUCAACCUAUGAACAAGCAAUUCAUGAUGAUGGUACCCAUGAUGAUGUCUUCAGACGGAACUGGGGUAACACAAGGUGUUCCCAUGAUGAACCCGUACAUGCAUCAGGCAGCUAUGCCUCAAGCCGCCAUGCCACAGGCUUUCUGUCCCAUGCCAGCACAUCCAAUGGCGGCUCCUGUGGCGGCGGCCCCUCAAGCAGCUCCACCUGCAGCUUCCUCUUCUUCGGCCCACGCUCCCGCUGCAGCACCACCUGUGGGUACGCAAGCUGGAACGGCAAUCGCUCCUGCCGCUACCUCGCAACAACAGGGACAAGCACCGCAGCAUCAGCAAAUGCCACCAAAUCACCCGGCGUACUCGUACAUGAUGCCCGCCCCCAUGGCUGGUGGGGGAUACAUGAUGCCCAUGGCCAAUCCAAUGGGGGCAGGCCAGCCUAUGGCGAUGAUGGGUCACCCACAGGGAAUGCAUGCCCUACCAACCCCCGAUCCUCAGAAUGGGCGUCAAGAUCAGAAGGAUUCAUCUCCAGCUUCUUCUGGAAACCUCGCGCAUUGUGCGUAAUAUCGGGAUGUGGAUUGGAAAUUGUUGCAGUGGCGCUAUCCAUGCGAGAUAGUGCAUGCAUCCAGUUUGGCUGCACGUAUAGGUCUUUUGUCCCACCGUUUCAUCGACAACGUUGGAUUAUACUGGCAGCUUUGAAGGGGUGGGGAGAGGGGCAUUUGGUUAAAAUGCUCUUGUUGAUGAUUGCUUCGUGGUGAGAUGAUGUGCAAAAUAAUUAGCUUCUAGACUUUGUCGUCGCAUUAGAGAGUCCUGGCGGGUCGUUGCUUGCUAGCUAGCUAGUCGGUGGGAGAUGUUCUAACUGGCUAGCUAGUUAGCCUAACUACAGCUAUCUAGCCAGAGGCGACAAGCAAGGCUCCUACAUGUACAGAAGACGCCGAGUUGCUGGAAUGUGGUUCAAGGCCCAGCCGGCCCACCAAUAAAGCAGUGCCACCUGAACGAUUUGGUUGCGACGAUGACGUCAGUGCAAUCGAUGAUCAUUUUCAUCGCCCCGCAGAUCAAAGAGGUGAACAAUGGCAACCUGGUACCAGUUGAACUGUUGAACUGCUCUUCAAGCUACCACUGUGGAAGUACUUCAACUGCAGCAACAACACAAACGGUUUCUGGAGGAGGGAAAGCAUUGAGAAGCAGAAAUGAAAAAGAUCAUCGGUUUCGUUCUUGCUUUCUCCACUGUCCCUUCAUUGGCUUUCGGGAACUGGUUUGCCACUCAGAAAUCAUCUGGCCGAUCACCCACCCGAGCGUCCGCAUUGGGGGAUCCAAUAUGUGAAUAUUAUCAAGUGGAUGUGCCAACCUCACAAGCAGGCCCACCCAAACAAACCAUAAGCGUGGAAGAUUUGACUCCCAUGUUGAAGGAACUGCUGAAGGAC